AUGCAAAAGGAUGAGCAAUUUAAAGAGGCAUACGUCAACUUCAUGGACGAGUAUCUCCAACUGGGACACAUGAGACCAUUGACAGCACGAGAGAUUAAAGAUCCUGUAGGCAUGUCAAAUUAUAUCCCUCACCAGGGGAUCUGGCAGCGCGCUGAUAAUGCAAUGAAGUUUCGAGUUGUCUUCGAUGCUUCUCGGAAAACAACAUCAGGUAGAAGUCUGAACGAUGUCCUUCACUCUGGCCCAAAACUGCAGAACAGCCUGGCUGCCGUGAUUAGUCGUUGGAGAAGACACAAGGUAGCCUACUGCGCUGACAUUAAGAUGAUGGUUAGACAGAUCCUAGUCAGACAGUCAGACACUCACCUGCAACGAGUAAUCUGGAGCCCCGACCAAGACCAAUCCCCGAAGCAUUUCGCUCUGCUCACGGUAACAUAUGGAGAGACUUGCGCUCCGUACCUAGCCCUUCGCACCCUACAACAGCUCUGCAAGGAUGAAGGAGGUGCAUUUCCGGAGGCAGUAAAAUCAAUCAUGCAAGACCUCUACGUCUCGACUUCUUAA